AUGUCCCACCUAAACUCAUUCGACCAAGAUCCCUGGGCAUCAGAUCCGCGGGCGUCUCUAUCGGAACUUCAAUCCAAGCUCACUCCGACGCCGUUUCACCAAGAUGUAAAUCCAUUCGAGUACGAGCAUUCCCAGCAUACACCGCAUACGAAGCACGCAACGCUGCCAUCACUGCCGUCGCCACUGCCAGGUCCUUCAUCUCAUUCUACACGCUCAACUAGCGAUGAUAUUUCUGCCGCACAAUCGCAGCGUAGCGAGAACGAUCCACUCCUCGCAACUCUACUCAUAGACUUCCAUCACAAUCUCGGCCCAAUUAUUGAGUUCUGCCACCCACCAAAUACCGUCACUGACUCCGAAUUUGCCCGUCUUCUCCCUUUCCUCGCUCUCCCUGACGGCGCACAUAUGACGCAAGAGGACUUUUCCUACUUUCACUUGAAGCCGCCGGAGGACGGCAAGCUCGGCAAAUCCACCGUCUUCGGUAUUAGUUGCAAUCGGCAGCUCAAGGCGAGUGAGUUGAUCGAAAGAGAUAGCCAUGUUACCAGGUCAAUUGUCCAGAAGGCAAUCGUGGUACUCACUACUAAGCCAGUUUUUGGACCAAUAAGGGACAAGCUCGGCGUCAUCACGCGUGCCUUUUUUCACCAGCGCAACUUCAGCGAACGACAGCUGCUUGUCCAAUUUCACCAGUCGCUUGAACACAGCUUGCUCGAUUACACUAACCAGGCUGUUCUUAACACAGGCACCAACCUACACGAGCUUGUGCUAAAGUUCAAACACAAAACACUCACCCUACUGAAACUUCUUCUCUUGCAAAAGCGUAUCUUAUUCUUUGGCUACCGCCCUCUGUCCAAGCACCCUGAGUAUCCUGUCGAGCGGCUGUGCAACUUCCAAUACUCGCUCAUCUCACUCAUUCCUAAUCUGCUACAUGCACUCGCACAUGCUGCUAGUCCUGAUAUACCCACGACACUAGGGCGCAGAGUGAGUGGAAAUACCACAACUGGCAGCAUGCGUACUACAGACCGCGACAGUCUUCUCGAAUACGCCGGUAUGCCGCUUGACCUCUUUGGCAAAGGCUCCUUCUUCCAGCCCUACAUGCCGCUGCAACAGAUAGAGAUGCUGAUGGAUGCGCGCACAAAUGCUUUCCUCGCCGGCACUACGAAUGCCGUGUUCACACAGCAAAAGAAUCUCAAGUUAGAUGUUGUUGUCGACAUCGACAAUGGGACCUUAGAGUGGCAUUCGCCGGGUCUGGAGAAACUGGUCGCUCCGACAUCGCAAGAUCGCAAGUGGAUGGACGAGGUAGUCGCGAGCGUUACAGCGACGCAUCAUCGCCAAAACAUGGGUGGUGGACCCGUGUCUUUCGUCGACAGUGACGAUUGGCUGAGAGCUAAAUUUGAAGACUACAUCUGCUCCGCUCUCGCCAGUAUCAAGUAUGUCGAUUAUGUCAAGUAUGGCACCGGUAACAAUAAGAAAGACAGUCUGGUUGGUAUGAGUUACGAGAAAAACCCUUCACAGGCUUUUGGUGAAGGGUUUGUGAAUGUAAUGCGGACGAGCACUGCGUUCAUUGACUGGAAUAUGCGCACAGAUGUCGCACUAUUCGACCUCAUUGAGCCUCGACAUCCACACAUGAGCGGCAACGGUUUAGGACUGCGGCUGAGUGAGGGAGUGUCGGAUAUGCAUGAUCGGAGGAGUGCGAGUGCUGGUGCAAAUGGGAGCAGCCCCACUACACCGAACGCGUCGGUUAAGAGCACUCUUGGUGGCUUUGGCGCGUAUAUCGCAGGUAAGGCGAGGAAUUCAAUGCCAGCAUCGCGAUCGACGUCAGUUAAUGGCAGUGUGAACGAUGAAGCUGAGAGCGCCUGGCAGAGUCCGUUCUCUGCUGGGAAAUGA